AUGCCUUAUAUAUCUUUGUCACAUCUACCGAAAUAUGGUCUAAUUAUACUUGGUAACAGUGGUGUUGGUAAGAGCUUUUUAGCCAAUAUACUUUUAGGUAAAGAGGUGUUUCAACAUAAAUUUUCGUCAAGUUCUGUUACGCAUGAAACCGAGUCUUAUGAAGUUCAACUUGGUGAGACAUCUUUUGCUGUAUUCAAUAUACCUGGUCUGAUUGAAGCUGAUCAAAACCGUAUUGAUUUAAAUAAACAAGAAAUUUAUAAAGCAUUUGAACAACGACCAAAUUCCAUUAUUAUUUAUGUAUUUGGAAAUACAAAUGGUCGUAUACGUGAUGAAGAUUUUAUUGCAUUUAAUGCUAUUAAUAAAGCAUUUCCAUUUAAUGAAGAUUCAUUAGUUAUUGCUAUUAAUAGUUUACCAAAGAAACGUCCAGAAAAUUAUGAGGGUGAAGCAACUGUGAAAUUCCAACAAUAUUUACGUAUGAAAUUACCUAAUCUCUGCUUCUUAAAUCAAAUUAAUGAAGAUAACCAAAGUGAAAGAGAAAGGUUGAGAGAAAAAUUGUUACACGUAACAAUUUGUUGUCGACCAGAGUAUCAUGUUAAACAACAAGAAAUUAAAUUAAAUGCUGAUGAAAUCAGUGAAUUAAAAGAAGGUGUUAGAAAACAACAAGAAGCAUAUGAACGUCAAAAGGCACAAUUCCAAAACCAAAUUGAUAAGGCUCAGCAAAAAUACGCACAGUUAGAAAAAGACAGACAAUCUGAUAUUGCCGACUUUGAGAAAAAAAUUAACUCGUUGAAUAAAAACUUACUUGAAGCAAACCGACAACACUACAAUGAAAUUGCCAGCCAUCAAAAGGAAAUUAAUUCAUUGAGUCGGAAAUUACGAGACCGCCCUAAUCCUGCACCGAUCAAUAAUCACUAUUAUCCUCCUAAACCAUCGACUUCAAAAAAGAAAAGUGUAAGUGUGUUAUUUUGGUGUUUUAAGAGUGACUUUUUCAACCCAUCGAGUAAUGCAUUCCAGACAUUAAAUGCUUUUCGAUUUCCCACAUUUAUAUGGAGAAUCGAGUGA